AUGAAUAACAAUGAUGAAUUGACUUCGUUACAAACUAAUAAUCAUUUAAGAAGAAAAAUUGGUAGACCAAGAAAACCAAUUUGGCAACAUUUUACUGAAAUUGGUAGCUCUAACAAUAAUAACAAUAAUAAACGACCUGGUGCAAAAUGUAAUUACUGUGGUCAACAAUGGGCUCGUGGAAAAAGUUCUGAUAUGAUAUCUCAUAUUGCAUUAUCAUGCACUAAACCUCCACCACCUGAUAUACGUAUAAAGUUUCAAAAUAAAAAAACAAUUACAAAUGAAAAACAACUUAGAUGUUCAUAUGCUUUAACAAAAUUUUUUGUUUGUUGUGGAAUUCCGUUUUGGGUUGUUGAAAACCCAUUCUUUGUAGAUUUUAUUACUAAUUUAUGUCCUGGCUUUCAUCUUCCUAAAAGAACCACAUUGUCUACUACAUUUGUUAAUUUAGAAUGUGCAAAAGUAAUUUCAAAAAUUAACAAUGGCCUUGUUAAUGAG